AUGGCCCUCAGCAACUCGGCCGUCAUCGUCAUCGUCAUCGUCGCCUGCCUCUUCGCCGUGACAGUCGCCGCCGCCCUCUUCCGGCAGUACAGCCCCGCAGAGCACAACGCCUUCCGAGGAUUCUCGCGCGAACAAGAAGUGUAUAUGCGAUCGAUCCGAUUGAAGAAUAUGGGCUUCAAUUAUCGCGAGUCGCAGACUCCCAUGCCGCGGGACGUCGAGUCUGCAAUGACCGCGGACGACUCCUCCCACUACUAG